AUGGUUGAUAAUGUUGUAAUUGAUGAUAGCACUAGUUUAUCCAGUGAUAAAAUAAUUCAAGAAAUUACUGAGGUUGCUUAUGAGAUGCAAGGAGGAAUAAACCAAGACUUUGUCUUUGAAACUCAUACUGCUAAACUCGCUACUCUUGUUAGGACUAAUUUUGAACAUUUUGAGAAUCAGCAAGCAUGCGAAGAGGAGUGGGGAAACCUACUUGCUCAAAAUCAAGAACUCAGUGGCAUAAUUAAUUCCUUGAAAAACUGCUUAGAAAUUUACAAGUUAGAAAGAGGUGGAAAAGCUGGUAUUGAUGUUGGAUUAUCAGGUUUACUAGGUCUUAAUGCUAUGAUUGAACAUAGCAAAAAUAGCAGUGAUGAAAAAAAAAUAAAAGUUAAAAUUAUUAGCACUGAAGGAAUUAUUAGUGCCGGAAUAGAGUAUCAGAGAACUACAAAUUCAUCUAGCGGUAUAAAGGAAGAAAGCAUUAAAGUAGGAGUUGGUGUAAUUGUUAAUAAUAAAGAAAAAAUGGCUGGGAUUAGAAUUGAAUUAUUACCUAGAAAAAAACUGGAUAUUGUCAAAUUGGCUCCAGAACAAGUUUUAAAUGAAGGUAGUGAAGUAGAACUACGAGAACUAUUCCAAAUAUAUAAAAUUCAAGAACAGCAACAAACGCAAAUAGAAUGA